AUGUCGAGCGGCACGUACUAUGCGUUGUCGGCUGGAACCGCUGUUGCGGCACUCCUUGUCACUGGUUCCAUUGUUUCGAUGGUGUCCCUCGUUAGUGAUUUGCAAUCAUUUGAGACUGACUUCGUUGAAAACAUGAGUGACUUCAAGAACAAGGCCAACGAUGCUUGGUCUCAAAUGAUGGUUGCUCGUCGUGUCGAGUCACCAACUGAGAAAAUCGCUUUUGAAGGACUAUUCGGACGUUUCAAGAGACAAUAUGCAGGAGGUGCCGGAGCUGCUGCUGCUGCUCCCGCCAAGGAAGGAUACGCUGAAGGAGCUGGAGGAGGACAAUGCCAAUGCGCUGCUCAAGCUUCUGGCUGCCCCGCUGGGCCACCAGGACCACCAGGAGAGGCUGGAGCUGAUGGAGAGCCAGGAGAGGCAGGAAAGGACGUGGCCGAUACCUUCCUGGGAGCUGAAGGAAACUGCAUUAAAUGCGAUGCCGGACCACCAGGACCACCAGGACCAGACGGAAAUGCUGGACCACCAGGACCGCCAGGAGAAGCAGGACCAGACGGUGAAGAAGCCGGAAACGCUGAAGCUGGACCACCAGGACCUCCAGGACCAGUUGGACCAGAUGGACAACCAGGAGCACCUGGACCAGACGGUCAACCAGGAGCCGCAGGAACAACCUCUACAAACGAACCAGGACCUCCAGGACCUCCAGGACCACCAGGACCAUCUGGACCAAAUGGAGAGGAUGCUUAUGCUCAACCUUCCCCAGCUGGACCACCGGGACCACCAGGUCCACCAGGAAAGGAUGGAGGACCAGGACCAGAUGGACCAGCCGGAGCACCAGGAACUGAUGGAGCCCCAGGACCAGACGCUGCUUAUUGUCCAUGCCCACCAAGAACCAGCACUUACGCUGAAGGAGGAGGUGCUGAAGAAGCUCCAGAGGCUGCCCCAGCCGCUGGAUACACUCCUGCUGCCGCUGCUCCAGCCGGAGGACAAUAUCGUCGCAAGAAGGCUCGCCGCGUUCUUCGCCUCAUACGUGCUUAA